GUUCUUGAUAAUCAUUUUUAAGUACAAUGAUUUGGCGUGUUGUAAGAAAACUGAAUUUUCCAAGUUAAAUAACUCGAAAAACACGAGGAUAUGACUACAGCGGAAUCCAACGACUCGAUGACGGACACAUUGUCGGCUAUCAAUAUUGACCAGUUAACCAGUGCAGCCAUGGGGGCGUUCGGGCAGAGUGUAGUUGGACUGUACGGACAAAAUGAACCAGCCUCCACACAUACCACAGUCGUUCCAGUUCCUUCGUCGUCAACAGUUAUGACAAGUUUAUCUCAAACUGUUCCACUAAUGGUCUCUAUAGGAAUGGGAGAUAAACAAAACAGUACACAGGGAACAUUGCCACCACUGAAGUCAUUGAUUCGACACACAGGACUGCAAUCAAUUCGUCAGCUUCUUUCCCCCAUCACACCACCAAGUGCUACCUCAUCUAUUGUGAGUACAUCUGAACAAUCCCAUAAUUCAACGAUAGAGGGGAACAGCAUCAAAGCAAUCCAAGAAGUCAUACCUGUUGAUAAGUCUGUCCUUUCAGGAGUGUUUCCCCCAGACUCUUCUUCUACAGCAAACUGUCACCAGACAAGUGCCCUGUUAUCACAGCUGGCAACCCUAGCUCAGGGAAAUGCCCAGGCCAACCAACUAGAGGUGUCAGGCAUAGAAAAUGCUGAUCAGUUGGAGGGUAUUGAUGGCAGUUUUUUGCAAAAUCCAAAUUCUAAUACUGAUGCACAGAUAGCUGGUCUUCAGAGUAUGAUAAAUCUAAUCCUGACUAAUCCGUCCUUACAAAACAGUGCAACAUGUCAGGCACUUUUAAACAUUCUUAACCAGUCAUCUGGUGAAACUACAGCAAAUUCGGACAUUAUUCCAGUCUCGCAAAGUGUUGACAUUUGUCAUUUAUUGAACAGUGAUGGCUCUGUCCAACCAGUUCCAUCAAGUAAUGUGUCUCUACCAGCAAUUCCAUCCAUCACACAGUCAGCUGGAUCUACCAUUGCUCUGGCCUCAAUUGUACCCAGUAUUCCAGUGUGCAUUCCGUCCUCUCUUUCAGUAAUCUCAUCAUCUUCAUCCAACCAAUCAACUUCAGCCCCAUCAUCUAUUGUCACGGAGACAUCACAUUCUCAGCCAAUUGAUGCCUCACAGGUGACCUACCUAAGACAGCUAAUCAACAACCAAGUUUCUUAUGCUGAUACAGCAACCCUGGGACAAACAGCCAAUCAAAUGAUCUCUGUUAAACAAGAUCCCUCCCUGGGCUCAAUUCAAAACCCUGCCCAGUCACUGCUGAUCAGUGGGGAUCAGUUGGAGCAGUUCUAUGCAGUCACUACAUCUUCUGACACUAUGGCAGUGGAGGGCCUACUGCAGUCAACCUCUAAUACACAAGUGGCAGUGGCUACGAUGAACUACCAGGACUACGCUGCCAUUCAGAAUAGUCUUACUAACUACCUCCAGUCCUCCGCGGAUACGGAUGAUGUCACACUUCCGUCCAACCUCACCAUAGAAAACAUCAACGCAGCUAUACAGUCUGAAGAUCCAAAAGUUAAGAAAACCCCAUCAACUCAAGCUGUAGACUUUUCAGUAGACUAUUGUGUUACCUGUGACAGUUCUAAGUGCACCUGCCUGAGUCCCGUUCAGUAUACCCACAUUACAGACAAAGUCAUCCCCUCCAGGGCUCGUCUGUCUAUGCCAAGCUGUCUGGAAAUCAGGCUCUCAAAGUCUUCUAUGUCCUCACAGACUCCUGAAGGUGUCUAUGCACUGAAAGGUUUGGGGGCACAUACAAAGUUUGGACCACUGAUUGGGAAAGAUAUAACAACAUUAGAAACAGAAGGAUCAUUCCCAGAGUGGAGAGUAAUGGCAGAAAAUGAUUGUCACUAUAUUACAACUGAGGAUGAAGAACUUAGUAAUUGGUUGAGAUUCAUACGCCCUGCUCAGAACAUCGUGGAGCAGAACUUGAUCGUACAUCAGGUGGGAAGGUCGUUGUUCUUCUUUGCCAAAAGAGACAUCAGAGAAGGGGAAGAACUCUUGUACUGGUUCUCCAAGGAGUAUGCUGUGAUUUGUGGUUUCUCACUGAUUCCCAAACCAGGAAGUGUCAACGAGUGCCCAGUCUGCGCCAGAAUGUUCCGUAAAAAGCAGGGUCUGAGGCAGCAUCUUGCAGACAUACACAAGGAAGCCCUCUGUAAUCCAGUGGAUGAUAAUGAUCCUUUCUGUCUGAAAUCCAAAUCCAGGAAACAAAAAUCCGAUCCCUUAGAACUCAUCACUUGUCCAUUUUGUAAGAAAGUGCUGGCCAGUAACAGUAAUCUCAAAAAACACUUAGCAGUCCACAAAGGUGAAAGAAAUUUUCAAUGUGAAUUGUGUCAUAAAUCUUUUCGACAAAAGGCACAUUUGGAGUCUCACAUGGGAAUUCAUAAAGUGGAAAAACUCAGGUGCACAUUUUGUGAAAGAACGUUCAACCGGGACACAGAUCGAAAACUCCAUGAGAAAAUCCAUACGAAAUCUGGUCUUUUUCAGUGUGAGUCCUGCGAAAAGACCUUUACUAAAAAGCAAAACUACAAAAGACACAUUCUUAUUCACACUGGACAGAAGAACUUUCACUGUGAGUUAUGUGACAAAAACUACUACACAAAAUACCAUUUACAGCGGCAUAAAGCUAAAUGUCGCGGGGUUGACAAGUAUCCAAUGUACUUACAGAUGGAGGAAAGUGUUUAUAAUCAGAACGAAAUACUAGGAGUAGAGAACAAAAGCACUCUAUAGCUAGAAUCAUUUUGAAAUCUUUAAGCUACGCGUCAAUGUCCUUUUAUACAUCCAAUGCAAUCUUCAUUUACCAAGUGUUUCACUCCCAAACCCUUGGGUUUGUGGGGAGUCCAGCAAAUCAGAAACACUUGGUAGCAUAGAUGAUUCAGAGCAAAUGUUGAGUAUUGUAGCAUUUGAGGAAUUUUAGACAUAUGAAGUAAUGCAUAGAAA